CAACUACCUUAAUCAAGUCACGAAAUGGUUUAUUGUGGUAAGCCAAGCAAAGCUUGCGCAGAGUGUAGGCUUCGGAGGACUAAGUGUGACACUCUGACGCCAUCUUGUUCACAAUGUGUUCGCGCUGGCCGCAAUUGCACAGGGUACAGAACCGAAGCAGACAUGGUGUUUCGCGAUCAAACGCAACACUACGCUAACAAACGACGAACUGAAAAUGACACUCGACUAGUAGUAUCUAAAAAGAGAAGCAAAAAAUCAACUGAUGCGCCAGAGACCCCUAUAGAUCCUCAAUUGUCGUGCCAUUCCAAGACGCAAAUUGCCACGCAGAUAAUACCACUGGCACCAGGUCUUUCGACUUCUUCGGCUGAGCAGGCGACGUGUUAUUUCUUUCGAAACUAUGUUCUCGAAGAUAAUUCGACAAGUGGUAGCUUUCAGUAUCUCCACGAAAUAUAUGACAAUGAACUCAUUGGCCCUGCUUUGACUGAUAGUAUUGAAUGUCUUGGCAUGGUCGGUUUAGCAAACUUCUGGAAAGCUUCCGAAUUUCAGUUUCACGCAAACAAAAAGUAUAACUCUGCUCUAAGACUUGUCAGCUCGCGGCUGAGAAAUGAAGAUGAAGCACGAGCCGAUCAAACCCUCGUGGCAGUAAUACUUUUGGGGCUUUAUGAAAUAAACACAUGCGCUGGUUCCCAAUCAAUGCAAUCUUGGACCAAACAUGUAAUUGGUGCCUCAUCGUUGAUGCAGCUUAAAGGAAAGCAAUGUCUUGAAACUCCAAUAGGCCGGCACAUAUUUGCUCAUCUUAGGACUCAAGUAAUCACGAACUGCAUACAACGCCAUGUUUCUAUUCCGCCUUUCAUUCGGGAUUGGUCAAAGUAUGCUUUGCAGUUUCAGUCGCCAAAUGAUGCCCACGCCACAAAUCUGUCGGAACAAGUGAUGGAAUUUGGCGAUCUCCGUGCUACAAUGUCUUCUUUUCAUGAUUACAGAAACGCAGAAAAAAUCAUCAAAGCCGCCCUGGUGAUUGAUUCCAAGCUUGUAGAGUGGGCUUUCACUUGCCCGCCGGAGUGUAUGUUUUAUAGAACACUCACCUUAAGACAAAGGUCUGAUGGCGUUUUUUCGGAUCACUAUCAUAUCUACGAUAGUAUCUGGGCGGCCGCACUCUGGAACCACUAUCGAUGUGUUCGGAUUCUCGUCAAUGAAGUUGUCUAUGUUCAGCUCACUCACCUUAGAAAUAUUCAGCCUGAGUUAUUCGAUCUCGACCUGAGGAAUCCUAUCUUCUCUGAUUCUCAAUUAGAGAUCUCGACCACAGCCGUCAUUCAACUAUCACAUGAUAUAUGUGCUAGCGUUCCUUUUAUGCUUGGAUAUACGGAUGGCGGAGAAGUGACAUUAAAUAGUGCUAAAGCCGUUAGCGGUAAUCUUUUACUAUGGCCUUUGUAUACGGCAGCCUGUACGCCUCUUGUAUCCGAUAUGAUGUGUCACUGGGUAGCAGGGAGAUUAAGAGUCAUAUCCGACAUCAUGGGAAUUAAACAAGCUGCUCCAUUGUCACAUAUUCUAACGAAAAGAAAGGAUCUCUUAGCUUGGGAGCUUGAAGAUAUCAAGAAAGGGGCCGGACCAAACUAUGAGGAUUGGACACAUGGACAGUUAAUGGAGCUUACAUGAGCUGAAAUGACUUUCUCAAUUGGUCGCAACAAAUAAUGGAGAUUCAACUCACUAAUUUUGGGAACUGUUUAUAUUUCCUAGUCACCUAAAUUCUUCCUAGGUUCGUUAUAUCUUGCAGCACGCUAGAAGUCUCCGACAAAUAUGACCUACGUAUAAAUACAUGUUAAGAAAAUGAUUAAUACUUGAUCUAUAUUGAUCUGUAUCAACUCCACUACUGAGUGAUAUAGACCGCCUUGCUGGAUACUGGCAACAAGACUCGGCGGCGACAGCCCCAUCUAUGGAUUGGAAAUUACCUUCCAAUUCCAUAGCCCCUUUUGGACAGUCUUGAUUUGGACUCGAAAUGUCUUCUCCAAUAUCAAAGCACUUUACAAACAUCUUUACCACGGGCUAGCUUUAGAUAGCAGGCAGCAAAGAUAUCUCGCCUCUUCAGACCCGGGAUGCUGGUCUCGGUG